AUGGAUGACCUAAGUCAACGGGAAAAUCUCUUCCAUUCCAAGUGCAUCAUUAACCAAAACACUAGCAUCAUGAUCAUUGAUAGUGGGAGUUGUGCCAAUGUUGCUAGUACCACCCUUGUUGAUUUCUUGAAACUUCCCACCACCCGCCAUGAAAACCCUUACAAACUUCAAUGGCUCAAUGAAUGUGGUGAAUUAAAGGUGAUUCGGCAAGCUAUCAUCAAAUUCACGAUUGGGAAGUAUCACGAUGAGGUGUUAUGUGAUGUUGUUCCCAUGCAAGCGUGUCAUCUUCUACUUGGCCGACCAUGGCAAUAUGAUAGGUCCGUCAACCAUAAUGGGAGAACUAACCAAUACACCCUUGUCCACAAUGGUGUCAAACAUGUCUUGAAUCCCAUGACCCCCUCCCAAGUGGGUGAGAUCUAUAAUAAAAUGAGGGAGUUGAAGGAGAAGGGUCAUAGUGCAUUGCAAAAGAAGAAUGUGGGGAAAGAGGGAGUAGAGGAGAGUAGUUCUCAAGAAUUGAGUGGAAAGAAAGGAGAGCUUAGAGGAAAAACCAAGGUGUCUCUUUUGGCGAGUUGUGGGGAAAUUAAGGAGGAAUUGGGGGAGCGUCAACCGGUGAUUCUCCUCAUGCAUAGGGACUAUGCAUUGCACACUAAUGAGCUAACCCCUUCUUUUCCUAGUUCUAUUUCUUCUCUUUUGCAGGAAUUUGAUGAUGUGUUCCCAAUGGAACUCCCAAAAGGGUUACCACCCUUGAGGGGAAUUGAACACCAAAUUGACUUUGUUCCGGGUUUUCAGUUGCCCAACAAACCGGCUUAUAGAGCCAACCCGGAUGACACUAAGGAGCUUCAAAGGCAAAUAGAUGAAAUCCUUGAAAAGGGAGUUGUGCAAGAAAGUAUGAGCCCAUCUGCCGUGCCCGUGAUUUUGGUGCCAAAAAAAGAUGGAUCAUGGCGCAUAUGUGUUGAUUGUCGUGCCAUCAACAAGAUAACGGUAAAGUAUCGCCAUCCCAUACCUCGUCUUGAUGACAUGCUUGAUGAGUUGAAUGGUUCAUGCUUGUUUUCUUGGGAUUUGUUGUAA